CAAUCAUCUAACUUAAUGACAAAAACCUAAUGACCAAGAGACUAGUGGCUGGGGCUGAGAUGCCUGAGUCAGGCUGGGGGUGCGGUUGUCUCAGUUACAGGACGUCAAAGAUUUAUUUCCUCUUUUUCCAAACAAAGGCUGAGGGAAUAGGGUUGAUUGAGCAGGCAGCUGGUAUGGACACAGAACCUAGGUGGACUCUGGGUGGAGGCUGUUCAGUCAUGAGGUUGACUGUGAUCUUCUCUGGGGCCCUGCUGGGACUUCUGGCAGCCCAGGGGACAGGGAAUGAAUGUCCUCAUAAAAAAUCAGCCACUCUGCUACCAUGCUUCACUGUGAUACCUACGGCCACAGAAAGCACAGGGACACCUAUGGCCACAGAAAGCACAGGGACACCUAUGGCUACAGAAAGCACAGCCAGCCCUGAAACAACCAGACACAGAAGCACCACUCAAAGAACCACCACUGCAGGCACCCCCAGCCACAAGUCCACAACAGCUACUCACAAUCCUGCUACCGCCAGCAGUCACACAGUUCACCCAACAAGCAACAGCACUGCCACCAGCCCAGAAUCCUCCACCGGAUCCCCCCACCCAGGACCACCUCCACCCACUCCAAGUCCUAGCCCAUGCUCCAAGGAGGUGAAAGGAGACUACACUUGGACGAAUGGUUCCCAGCCCUGCGUCCACCUCCAAGCCCAGAUUCAGAUUUGAGUUCUAUACCCAACCCAGGGUGGAGGAAAGGCCUGGGGCAUCUCUGUAGUGAACCCCAACAAAACCAAGGUCCAGGGGGGCUGUGAAGGUGCCCAUGCCCACUUGCUCCUCUCAUUCCCCUACGGACAGCUCAGCUUUGGAUUCAAGCAGGAGCCACUGGAGAGCACUGUCUACCUGAACUAUAUGGCUAUUGAGCACAACGUGUCCUUCCCCGGGGCAGUGCAGCGGACAUUCUCAGUUCAGAAUUCAUCCCUUCGAGAGCUCCAAACCCCUCUGGGCCAGAGCUACAGUUGCAGAAAUGCAAGCAUCAUUCUUUCGCCAGCUUUCCACCUCGACCUGCUCUCCCUGAAGCUACAAGCUGCUCAGCUGCCCCCCACAGGGGCCUUUGGACCAAAUUUCUUUUGUCCCAGUGACAAAUCCAACAUGCGGCCUCUCAUCAUCAGCCUGAUUUUAAUUGGCAUCAUAAUAUCGACGUUCGUUACCUUCCCCUUCAUACGGAGACGCCGACCCAUCUACCAGCUCCUCUGAACAUCUGCCCCCAUGAGGGCCCCAGAGGGUGCCCUCAUUUCUCUCCACUCUACUGACUCAGGGACAAAGUUACCGUCCUUCUCUGUCUUGAUGAACAAAAGCAGAGAUAGUGCAUUUGAGAGGGAUGAGGGAAGAGAUGUUUAUUAAUUAGGACUGAUUCCCCCUUCCCCAUCUCCAGUGUGAGAACAGUAAAACCUGCUCACAUCUUUA